AUGCUUGUAAAUUAAUCAACAGGCAGUGAAUCAGCUACUACUUCAGUUUAAAAACAUCAGGAUUAUGAAGUAAAGUAGAUGUUUAAUUUUAGCAUCUAAAGACAACAAUAUUGUAAUUGGAGGAAGAGAUUUCAGGAUUAAGGGGAUAAAUAAAAGUAUUAUGAUUUUUGAAAGUAGAUGUGGGAAGAGAAGUAUGAGGAAUAGGAGCGAAUUCACAAUAGAGAAAUUGUUUAGUUGAAGUGCAAUUUGGAUAACUCUAUUUUUGAGGACUAGCGUUGUGAUGAGAAUGAUCUUCAGGUAAUACAAGAGGAGACCGAAUUUUAUCAGAAGAGUCUGUGUUAAUCGUAGGUCACUCAGGGGAGGAUAGAGACAAAUAAUUUAAUGAAGAUUUUGGAUCAAAUUGAUAUGGAUGAUGCGAUUGAUUUGUAAUGUGAUCAGGAGGCUUUCAUUGUAUAUAAAGUAACCAAAAUAGUCGAGAUGAUUAAGAAGAUGGAAUUGGACUUGGAUGAUUGGAAAAGGAAUUAUUGGAUGUUGGAGAAGAAAUUGAAUCAGAUUUUAUUGCAACAAUAAGAUAAGUUACUGAAGNAGGAAUUAAGUGAAUUAGAUGAAAAUGGCAAUUAUAUGGAUAAGUUUUCAUUAUUUAAAUCAAAGUUUUGA